AGGGGACCGGUUGGCGUCCCAGAGCGGACGGGUCAGCAGGUUUCAAGAUGCUUCGAAUACACAGAAGCAACCUGACCCCACUAAGGGUCAGCCUCUCCAGAGCCCUUCACCACAAAGCUGUCAUGGCCCUCAGACGGGAGGAUGUCAACGCCUGGGAGAGAAGAGCGCCUCUGGCUCCCAAGCACAUCAAAGGGAUCACCAGUCUGGGCUACAAGGUCUUGAUACAGCCUUCCAAUCGAAGGGCCAUUCAUGAUAAGGAAUACGUCAAAGCUGGUGGUAUUCUUCAGGAGGACAUUUCCGAAGCUUGUCUAAUUUUGGGAGUUAAAAGACCUCCAGAGGAUAAGCUAAUGUCCAAGAAAACUUAUGCAUUCUUCUCCCACACAAUAAAAGCUCAAGAAGCUAAUAUGAGCUUGUUGGAUGAGGUUCUAAAACAGGAAAUCCGACUUAUUGAUUAUGAAAAAAUGGUGGAUCAUAGAGGGAUACGAAUAGUGGCAUUUGGACAGUGGGCCGGUGUGGCAGGGAUGAUCAACAUUUUACAUGGAAUGGGUUUAAGGCUCCUUGCUUUGGGACAUCACACACCUUUUAUGCAUCUUGGCAUGGCUCAUAACUACAGGAAUAGCAGCCAGGCUGUGCAAGCUGUCCGUGAUGCUGGCUAUGAAAUAUCUCUGGGUUUAAUGCCAAAGUCGAUAGGGCCCUUAACAUUUGUAUUCACAGGGACUGGUAAUGUAUCCAAGGGAGCCCAAGAAAUCUUUAAUGAACUGCCCUGUGAAUAUGUGGAGCCCCAUGAAUUAAAGGAAGUUUCCCAAACUGGAGACCUCAGGAAAGUGUAUGGGACGGUGUUAAGUCGACAUCAUCAUCUUGUCAGGAAAACAGAUGGUGUGUAUGACCCUGUAGAGUAUGACAAACAUCCUGAGCGGUACAUAAGUCGUUUUAAUACUGAUAUUGCACCUUAUACAACUUGUUUAAUUAAUGGAAUCUACUGGGAACAAAACACUCCUCGCCUAUUAACCCGCCACGAUGCUCAAAGUCUCUUGGCUCCAGUCAAGUCCUCAGUUGUUGCUGUUGAAGGCUGCCCUGCCUUACCUCACAGACUUGUGGCAAUAUGUGACAUUUCAGCGGACACAGGAGGAUCUAUAGAUUUCAUGACGGAGUGUACUACAAUAGAGCAUCCUUUUUGCAUGUAUGACGCUGACCAGCAUAUUAUUCAUGAUAGUGUUGAAGGCUCUGGGAUUCUGAUGUGUUCUAUUGACAAUUUGCCAGCACAACUUCCAAUUGAAGCUACAGAAUACUUUGGAGACAUGCUUUACCCUUAUGUUGAAGAAAUGUUAUUAUCGGAUGCAUCACAGCCUCUUGAAAGUCAGAAUUUUUCUCCUGUGGUGCGAGACGCAGUGAUCACAUCCAACGGUACAUUGACUGAUAAAUACAAAUAUAUCCAGAAACUUCGAGAGAGUAGAGAACGUGUUCAAUCAAUUUCAAUGAGUACCAAGAAAAAGGUGUUGGUUCUUGGAUCUGGCUACGUGUCUGAACCUGUGUUAGAAUACCUGUCAAGAGACAGAAACAUAGAAAUAGCAGUAGGCUCUGACAUGAUGAAUCAAAUUAAACAAUUAAGCAAGAAAUAUAAUAUCAAGCCUGUUAGCAUGAACAUUUGUACACAAGAAGAAAAGUUGGGCUCCUUGGUGGCAACACAGGAUCUUGUCAUCAGCCUGUUGCCUUAUGUGUUGCAUCCUAUCGUGGCCAAGGCAUGUGUCGCAAGCAAAGUUAACAUGAUCACUGCAAGCUACAUCACACCAGCCCUAAAAGAACUGGAAAAGAGUGUGGAGGAUGCUGGAAUCACUGUCAUUGGUGAAUUGGGAUUGGACCCUGGGCUGGAUCACAUGUUGGCAAUGGAAACAAUUGAUAAGGCCAAAGAAGUGGGAGCCACGAUUGAAUCUUACAUUUCCUACUGUGGUGGGAUCCCAGCCCCUGAACAUUCAGACAACCCUUUGAGAUACAAAUUUAGCUGGAGUCCAGUGGGCGUUUUGAUGAAUAUCAUGCAGCCUGCCACCUAUCUGCUCAAUGGAAAGGUCGUGAAUGUCACAGGAGGGGUGUCCUUUUUGGACGCAGUCACUUCCAUGGAUUAUUUCCCGGGACUGAAUCUGGAAGGGUAUCCCAAUAGAGACAGUACCAGAUACGCUGAGAUCUACGGCAUUCCGUCUGCCCACACGCUGCUGCGGGGCACACUGAGGUAUAAGGGAUAUUCCAAAGCUCUGAAUGGAUUUGUAAAACUGGGUCUGAUCAACAGAGAAGAAUAUCCUGCUCUUCGACCUGAGGCCAACCCUCUCACCUGGAAACAACUCCUCUGUGACCUAGUUGGGAUUUCACGCUCUUCCACGUGUGAUAUGCUUAAGGAAGCUGUCCUCAAGAAACUGGGAGGGGACAAAAGUCAGCUGGAGGCUGCUGAAUGGUUGGGCUUACUUGGGGAUGAUCAAGUCCCCCAGGCUGACUCCAUUGUGGACGCCCUCUCCAAGCAUUUGGCCUUGAAGCUCUCCUAUGGCCCUGAGGAAAAAGACAUGAUUGUGAUGAGAGACAGCUUUGGAAUCAGACAUCCUUCUGGACAUUUAGAAAAUAAAACUAUUGAUCUUGUGGUUUAUGGAGACUUCAAUGGCUUUUCAGCAAUGGCGAAAACUGUGGGGUUACCCACUGCCAUGGCAGCCAAAAUGUUGCUUAAUGGUGAAAUUGAAGCCAAAGGCCUGAUGGGGCCCUUCUCAAAGGAGAUCUAUGGGCCCAUUUUGGAGCGGAUUAAAGCGGAAGGCAUUAUAUAUACUACACAGAGCACAAUCAAGCUAUAAUUGGGAAUUUUAUUAUUUUUAUCUUCCCAAACAACACAACUCUCAACGUUUGUGUGAUAAAUAUGAUUGUUAAUAUGCUAUUUCAUAAAGUAUAAAGCAUGAUAUAUUUUGAUUAAGUUAAUACAAUGGCUUUUGAAAUGCAAAUCUCUAUUUUAAAAUGAAAUUUUUUAGAAUAGGAGAAUGUUUGUCAUUACCAGAGAAAUUUAGUAAUUCUAUCAUGUACUUUUUCAUAUAUAUAUAUGUAAAAGUGAUAAUCAUCAUAUGUUAAUUUAUUAUGC